AUGGACUUCUUCAACAAUCUCGAUACCGACAUGUCGCUAGCUAUUCUUUCCUGUCUAGAUGAUCCAUCAGAUCUUGUCCGUGCUAGUGCCGUCUCACGCUCCUGGCGAGAGUUUGUGAUUAAAUACAGUCUCUCAAAGAAUCUAUGCUUGAAGUUGUUCCAUCAGCUAUCUAGUGUGGAUCAUAUAGUAGAAACCAGUAAUGAUAGAAACGAAGAGUCCUCUGAAGCCGGGUCAAGCAGUGUUGCUGAUACAAGGCUACUAGAAAAAGAGCACAGGGCUUAUGCAUUAUUGACUAAAGGAUGCACAUCGUCCCCUAUCGGAAGCUGUAUUGCUGACGCCAUUGUAGCGUCUAGUACUGAUAAUUUCCCAGCAGAAAGCAUCUUAAACACACUCGACGAAAGAGAUCAGAUUGGUCAAACCCCUUCAUAUUGGUCGAGUACAGGACAACACAAGACUUCGGUGCCCGAAACACUUCUUUACAAGUUGAAUGGUGAUUUGUGUGUCAUUACUGAAUUUAGCGUUCAGCCUUUCCAAGCUUAUUUUCAGCCAGGAUAUCCGAUAUAUUCUUCGCAUUUUGUUCGUUUCCGGUUGGGUCACCUCAGUAACAAUUCACAGGAUGUAAAAAGUGAGUCAGGAAAGAUGCCGGCCGAAAACAAUUAUGUAUGGACUUACACUUCACAAAAGUUUGCAAUGGCUCAGGAAAAUCGAUUGCAAAACUUUAAGCUUCCAGAACCUGUUCUUUGCAUUGGUGGUUAUAUGCUAAUCGAGUUUCUAGAUCGAGUUCAGACACAAGAAAUGGAUGGCCUAUACUAUAUAUGUGUGUCGCAUGUUAAAGUGAUGGGAAGAUCAUUAGGAAAAUCGUUUCAGGUGGUUAAUCCGGAUGACUCGGGAAAAUUUGGAUUGAACGUAUUGAGUUACAGUGAUCCACAAAAAAUGGAAGUGGAUGUUGAGCCGGGGAUGCUAAUGAGAAACAUUGAACAGCUCUUGAAUUUCCUAAACAGGCAUCCUGUCGACGUCGAGUAUGUUUGGCCUGACUCAGACAACGAAGAUGGUGAUGAAGAUGGUGAAUCAGACGAUGAGGUUCUUUAG